AUGGAGAGCAUUCUACCCACUGUGGGGAAUCUGCUUCCCUACCAUAUCCUUCUGUAUGGAGCGCUCCUGGGAACAGAGUUGUUCCAGACCUUUGUCAACACAAAGCUUUGCUUCCAGGCACUCCCGAUGCGUGAAUUCCUCAUGUUGCAGAAACGACUGUUUCCGGUGUACUUCAAGUGCCAGGUUGGCCUGGCUGCUUUGACAGCGGCGACACACCCGCCAUAUAGCGUUGUGUCGUUGGCGAAGGAUCCGUGGAGCGCGGUCCCGCUUGUCGUGGUAGUCGUCACAGGCUCCUUGAACUGGUCUGUUUUUGGACCGCGGACAACCACUGCAUCUCUGGUUCGACGAGCACUAAGCGAAAGCCAAGGUACCCCAGCAGACCCAGAUAAAGGAAAAGUCUACCGUGCUAAUCGCAACUUUGCCCGAAACCAUGCCAUGUCCAUUCAUCUCAAUGCCAUUACUCUCGUGGCAACAAUUUGCUAUGGUUUCUCGCUGUCGUCGCGCCUUCUACCCAGGCUCUAG